GGCGGCGGCCGCUCUUCCCGGCAGCGGCGAGGCCCGGAGGCCGCGGUUCCCUUAGGACUGAGGUCGGGGCCACUCAGGUCCUUCCCUCCGGCCCCGGCUCCGGCCCCGGCCCCGGCCCCGGCCUCGGCCCCGGCAUGGCUGGGAUCAUCAAGAAGCAGAUCCUGAAGCACCUGUCCCGGUUUACUAAGAAUUUGUCCCCUGACAAAAUCAACUUGAGUACUCUGAAAGGGGAGGGACAACUGACCAACCUGGAGCUGGAUGAAGAGGUUCUGCAGAAUGUACUAGAACUUCCCACAUGGUUAGCUAUUACUCGGGUCUUCUGCAACAAGGCCUCCAUCAGGAUCCAGUGGACAAAGCUAAAGACGCACCCAAUCUGUCUGUGUCUGGAUAAAGUUGAAGUAGAGAUGAAAACAUGUGAAGAGCCGAGGCCGCCUAAUGGACAGUCUCCCAUUGCUCUGGCUUCAGGACAGAGUGAAUAUGGCUUUGCUGAGAAGGUGGUGGAGGGAAUGUUCAUUAUUGUUAAUUCUAUCACCAUCAAGAUUCACUCCAAGGCUUUUCAUGCCUCUUUCGAGUUGUGGCAGCUCCAGGGUUAUAGUGUUAACCCCAAUUGGCAGCAGAGCGACCUCCGCCUCACCCGUAUCACUGACCCCCACCGAGGAGAGGUUUUAACAUUUAAGGAGCUAACAUGGCAGACUCUUCGUAUUGAGGCAGAUGCCACUGACAGUGGUGAUCAGGACCCAGUCACUACUCCACUGAGGCUCAUUACCAACCAGGGCAGGAUCCAAAUAGCCCUUAAAAGAAGAACCAAAGACUGCAAUGUGAUAGCCUCCAAGUUGAUGUUCCUGCUGGAUGACCUGCUAUGGGUUUUGACUGACUCACAGCUCAAAGCUAUGAUGAAGUAUGCAGAGUCGUUGAGUGAGGCUGUGGAGAAGUCAGCCCUACAGAGAAAGAGCUUGGCACCUGAGCCCAUUCAAAAUACUUCACCUGCUGCUCCCAGUGCCCAUCAUUCUUGGAACCAGACAUUUGGUGGUGGUCAGAGCAAUGUUAGCAACAGCCGUAUCAGCCAGUACUUUGAGAAAUUUGAUGUGAAGGAAUCAUCUUAUCAUCUGCUUAUUUCACGCUUGGAUCUACACAUUUGUGAUGACAGCCAGUCCCGGGAACCAGGGGACUCAGCAAACAGAGUUAUGGGUGGUGCCAUGCAACUUACCUUCCGGAAAAUGGCCUUUGACUACUAUCCUUUCCACUGGGCAGGAGAGAAUUGUAGGCACUGGGUAAGGCACUGUGAGGCCAUGGAGACCCGAAGUCAGUGGGCUCAGAAACUGGUAACCGAAUUUCAAAGCAUGAUAGAAAAAUGGAAUGAAGAGGCAGAUCUCAAAUCUUCUUUGCACCUGGGUACAGACUUACCUAUCCACAAGAAGGCAGAAUCUUUCUCCAGUCCCCAGAAGAACCCCCUAGAGAAGAACUCAUUACACAGCUGCCAGACUGUCACCAAUCCACAUUGGCCCCCUGCCUGGAACCGAUUGCGCUCUAGUUGUUUGGUGGUACGUGUGGAUGACCUAGAUGUUCACCAGGUUUCUACAGCUGGGCAACCAAGGAAGAAGCCAUCCACCCUUCUUUCAUGCAACCGAAAACUUGGCAAUCUUCCCACUCAGAUAUCUGCCAUUCAUAUUGAAUUUACAGAGUAUUACUUUCCAGAUAAUCAGGAAUUCCCAGUUCCCUGUCCCAAUCUCUAUGUGCAGCUGAAUGGCCUAACCUUCACCCUAGAUCCCAUCAGUUUGCUUUGGGGAAACCUCUUCUUACUGGAUUUAUAUCGCAGCCUGGAACAGUUCAAGGCCAUCUACAAACUUGAGGAUUCAAACCAACACGAUGAGCAUGUAGAUGUCCUGAUGGACACCUUCCAGUUGAAGUUGAACUUCCCUCUGGAGAAAAAAGAGUUGGCUUCCUUGCAUCGACCACAAGCCCUUGUUAUUUCCACUUCUGCCAUGACUGCCACUAAUACACGCCAUGCUCUGCAUUGCAGUUGUACAGACCUCCAGAAUAUUUUUCGUAGCUUUGCUGCUACUGAGUUCUUUCAUUCCAACUAUUCUCAUUUUCCCAAAGUCCCAGGUGGAUUCAGCCUCCUCCACAUGCUUUUCCUACAUCAUGCCUUCCAAAUGGACUCCCAUGCCCCUCAGCUCAGUACUCUCCUUCCUCAGAGGGAUCUGGCCUCCCAAGACCUCUGGUCAAUCUACUUCACCCAAAUAUCUCUGGACUUUGAAGGCACAGAGAACUUCAAAGGACAUGCACUGAACUUUGUAGCUCCUUUCCCCUUAUCCAUAUGGAUUUGUCUGCCUAUCUGCUGGCAGCAAGCCCAGGCACGGAAACUGCUGUUGGUCAGGGAGGGAAAGAUGAAACCAUCAGCCAGUUUUGGCAAUACUGUCCAGCCCAUGUUUCUUGCCCCAGAGUCUGGAUCUCAUCAGAGGUCCAAAACAGAAUGUGAUCUGAAGAGUCUUUCUGGACUUCCUGAAGUCAUUAAUGUUCUGAGAGAAGGUAAUCGAGGUGUGGACAGCAAAGGACCCACAAUGGAAAUGGAGGCUACAGCAGAUGUCCAUAUGUUAAUACACUCUUCUUCCCAUGUUCGAGUGAGGUUGAACCACUACCAAUACUUGGCUCUGCUCCGACUGCAGGAGGCACUUCAGAGUCUUCAGGAGCAGUUGGCUCAGGACACUCAAGCUAUGACUGGAUCUCCCUUGCCACGCCAGACAGUUUGCAUUGGGAUCCUGUUCCCUAGCACUGAGAUAGCCUUACUCAUGCCCCCAACCACUCCCACUGCAGAGGCUGGCUCUACAGGCUCAGAGACUACUAGUCUCAUAGAUUCAGAGCUUUCUCCUUCAGAGGACAGGGAGCUGAAGUCUGAUGCUUCCUCAGAUAGGGGUCCAUUAAGCCCAACAAAGGUCCUAGAAGACAGUGGCAUUGAAAACCUGUGUACUUUACAGGAUAGAGCAGAUCCCUUGCAUAGUAACGGAAUACUGCAGGACCAGGGCAACUCUUCACAGCUGGGAGACAAAGCCCAUGAGGAGGAGGUCCAUAAAUCCAUGGAAUCCUCACAGAUUAAAAGACUGAGGAAAACCCAGGUUUCUAAUCCAUCUGACAUACUACAACGAGUGGUGAGUAGGGACACAUUUCUGAGUGAUCAGGGUGAGGCAAACCCUGUAAGGAACAUUGAGGAAGAGUUGGCCAGUGCUAUACAUUUGACCAAGGAUGCAACCAAGGAAGCCCUUCACACCACUAUGGACCUUACCAAGGAAGCCGUGUCAUUGACCAAAGAUGCCUUUAACCUAGGCAAAGAUCGGAUGGCCUCCACAGUACACAAAAUGUUAUUCCUUCCUUCAGUCAACAGGGAGCCUAUGGCCAGAGUAGAGGAGGGAGGAAUCUCAGCAAGCGGAGGAGCUGCCAGGCUUCGUUAUUUCUCAAUAAAGAGGACAGUAUCUCAGCAAUCACUUGAUGGUGUCUCACAGGAUGGUGGUGGCCCUGAAGAUAGGCUUUCAGUGGACAGCGAUGGAAGUGAUAGUUUUGUAAUGCUUUUGGAAUCUGAUUCUGGAUUGGAAUUAGUACCUCCAGAACAGCUCCCAUCAACAUUGGAUGAUAGUGGUAAUCAAGAGAGCCCCAGAGUAAAUGAUGAUGGCCUAAUAUCUCCAGAAGUGAAUAGCUCAGUGUCACCUAGCAAGAGAGACCCUAUUCUUCAGCCGGUAUCAGUUCUAGUCCUAAAGGUAAGCCAGGUAGCUCUUGGUAUUGAAGCACGAGAGCAGGACCUCACUGUAACCCUACAGUCAGAGGAACUAACCCUCCAACAGCCAGGCAUUGUGAAGCUUUGGCAGUUUCUGCAUGAGCAGUGCCCAGAGUCCCCAGCUCUAAAGACUAGCCACACCAACCCAGCUGUGGGCCUCCGAUUUGAUGUGGGACCCUGUGCUGCUGUUCAUUCUCCCUUGGCUUCAAAGAGUGGUUUCCUUCAUCUCUUGCUCCAAGGUGGCAGUCUGGAAUUGUUGACUUCAGUGCUCACUGGCCUGGGGCCCUUCUUGGAGGAUGAGGAGAUUCCUGUGGUUAUCCCUAUGCAAAUUGAACUGUUGAAUAUGAGUAUCACUUUAAAGGAUGACAGCCUCCCAAUUUACCCCACAUCCCCAGGACCUGUCCCAGUCACUCUGGCCUUGGAGCAUGUUGUGGUGAAGCGGGAUGAUGAUGGUGUCUUCCAGAUCGUAGGUGCUGCCCAGGACAAGCCAUCAUCAGAAGGUCCUCAGCAUGAAAAAAAGCAACACUCAGAGGAACAGGUGGUUGGAUUACCUGCAGGAAUGCUCUUUGGACCCCAGGGGAAAGACCUGUCCACCCUACAGAAGGAACUUUUAGCCACAAAGCAAGCAUUAGCCUGUGCCAACAAAGACAAAGAGAAGCUUCUUCAAGAAAUCAGGAAGUACAAUCCUCUAUUCCAGCUCUGACAGCAGGAACACCAGCUGCCUUUGCCCAUGGGAAAGAACACUAAUAGCAGAAAAGAAAGCAAGCUCCAUCUGAUAUUGUACAUGUCUGUUUGAUUACAUUGGAGGGAGAACAGGAAUUUCUGAACCUGCUCCUUUGGGGCCUGUUUUGUUCCUGCCAGCUCUUCUAGCCAAAGACAGGAAGCUUUGUGUGUGGUUCUCACUGUUCUAGUGCCAUUCACAACCUGUUUAAAGCUCCACAUGCCCAGUAGGCCCGAGUCUUUUGGUGUAUAGGACCAUUUCAUGUCCUGGUGUCUUUGCAAAAAUGCUCACGUCCUCCUUAACACAAGUUUGUAUAAGGGAGAAAACCUGCUCCUUCCAGUAACCUGAGAAAGAACCACCAAAAAUCACAUGUCCCAGAGCUUCCUGUAGCAAAACUGAAUCAACAUAGCUAUGUACCCCAACUGAGGAUAUUGCAAUUCCACAGAGUAGUACAGCAUGAUGAUGGGUGCAAAGGGAAGGAUGGAGCCCAACAUGAUGCAGAUGUAACACCUUAGGCAUGGUGAGAGAAAGGGACAGCACUCCACCAUUCCUGGAAAAAGAACUGAGCAUAUUUCAUCUUUGCAUAUACUGCCAUCAGAUUUUUCAGGAAGGUUUGUUAGAUAUAAGAAGGAACUAAAUUCAUUGUGGUAAUGUAAUAGUAGUAAACAAGGGUGCAAUGCCAAUGUUGUCUCUUCCUUCUAUA